AUGCAAAGACUUUGGCAAUUAAAAUUAGACUGGGAUGAAUCAGUUCCUAACAGCGUGUUUACCGCUUGGAUGGAAUUCUGUGACCAACUUCCAGUUAUCAAUAACGUGUCCGUCGAAAGAAAAGCCUUAAUUAAUGACGCAAUUAGCGUUCAAUUGCACGGUUUCUGUGACACAAGUGAGUGUGGCUACGGAGCAUGUAUUUAUUUAAGAUCAAUGGAUUCUACCGGAAACAUAAGCGCCGCGUUAUUUUAUGCGAAAUCGCGUGUAGCACCAUUGAAAACAGUUUCUCUGCCACGACUCGAGUUGUGUGGAGCUCAACUUCUUGCUAAGCUCAUUAAACAAACCAUUGCCAUCACGGGAAUUUCUUUCGAGAAAGUAGUAUUGUGGUCAGAUUUCACUAUUACGCUACAUUGGAUUCACACUUCAUCACAUUUUCUGAAGACAUUUGAAGCAAAUCGUGUUGCUGAUAUUCAAAAUCAAUCCAAUCCAAGUCAAUGGCAUCACAUUCGUUCAGGAGAUGAUCCAGCCGAUGCAUUAUCACGAGGUCAGCUUCCGAAUGAAUUUGUGAAAAACGCACAAUGGUUCAAUGGACCACAGUGGCUUUGUCAGGCGGAAACGAACUGGCCGAAUCUUGAGCUAAGUACGUUAAGCGACGUGCCGGGAAUGAAAAAAGUUUCAUGUUUUGUUACCGACGGCAUAAAUGACGAUCUUUUACUACAGUACUCUUCUUAUGAAACAUUGAAACGAGUGAUCGCAUAUUGCAUGCGUUUUAAAUUUCAAAAACGACAUCAAGGUCCUUUAACGGUCAAAGAAUUGGAAAAUGCAGAAAAAACAAUAAUUAAAUUAAUUCAAUAUAUCGAGUUUACUGCCGAAAUCUCAAAUUUAAAAAAAGGAAAGGAAAUUCAUCCUGAAAGUAAAUUACUCUCACUUACCCCUUUUCUUGAUAAUGAUGACAUUCUUCGCGUAGGAGGGAGAUUAGAAAAAUCCGAUCUUGCAUACUCACAGAAACAUCCAAUUCUUCUCCCUCGAUCCCAAUAUGUAACAAGCUAA